UUGAUUUUCGUCUAUAACUUUCAUAACUGUUCAUUAAGGUGGUUGCCUAAUGCUCAUGUUUUACUAAUCUGUUGGUUUCAGGAUUUGUUGGGCAUUCGCAGCCUAAUUGUUCAAGUGUCCUGUCUAGAAAACGCAUUUGUCUGUUCAAACAGGAACUUCAUUUCAUUUCUGCAUUUAUCACUGUUUAAGUUACAUCUGGUGUCGGAUAUUAACAUGGUUGGUGGCAGAGGACGUGCAAGCGGCAAGUCACAAAGAGGAAGACAGUUAGUCUCAAGAAGAAGUGAAGCUGGUUUUGCAACGGAGUCCUAUCAGGCCAUACCAGCUAAUCCAGCUCCUGUCCUUCAGCGAAUUGUUGAUGAGUUGCCAGAGGAUCCACACCAGCAAAAAGUACUAAAUGAAGAAGCCGAAGUUGAAGAAAUGGAAGGUUUAAAUCAAACAGCUGACAAUCGUGAGGAAGAAGAGGAUCGCCAUCCACCUGUAAAGGAGCAGGCUCCUCCCGUAGAGCCCAUUGCUUUAAUCACCGUCCAGUCUUGGAAGGUGGCAUGGCAGCAUAAAUUUCAGUACAGCCUCAGACAUUUUGUCGGCUUAGCGAAACCGAAUAAAAUCUGAUUUAUUUUGCAA